CGGAGCCCGAGCCGGAGCCGAGCGGCAGAGCCCGAGAGCGCGGCCGGUCUCAGGCGCCAGCCCCGCCGCGCACCCACCCGCGCCCCCGCCGCGCGCCCCGCGCCCCGCGCCCCGCGCGCGCUCCGUGGGCUCGCCCGCCGCCCUUCCGCCGGCCCCGAGGCGGUGCGGGGCUCGCCGGGGGAUGUCACAGCGGCCCCUCGGGGCCCCCAGUCGCCGCCGCCACAGCAGCAGCCGCCGCCGCCCCCGGGAACCGCGACAAUGAACCCCCAGUGCGCCCGCUGCGGAAAAGUCGUGUAUCCCACGGAGAAAGUCACCUGCCUGGACAAGUAUUGGCAUAAAGGAUGCUUCCAUUGUGAGGUCUGCAAGAUGGCUCUCAACAUGAACAACUACAAAGGCUAUGAGAAGAAGCCCUAUUGUAAUGCACACUACCCAAAGCAGUCCUUCACGACGGUGGCAGACACCCCUGAAAACCUUCGUCUGAAGCAGCAGAGUGAACUGCAGAGCCAGGUCAAGUACAAAAGAGAUUUUGAAGAAAGCAAAGGGAGAGGCUUCAGCAUUGUGACGGACACUCCUGAACUGCAGAGGCUGAAGAGGACUCAGGAACAAAUCAGUAACAAAUUUGUUUCAAAAAGAGCUACACAUUUCUACUUAAGACAUCAUGUGACAGCUAAUAUAAGGAUUGCAGUCUAUUCUAAGCAGGAAUGUACAUUCUCUCCAAUACCAGAGGUCGUUUGCAGAUCCAUUCUUAAUUAUGCAAUAAAAACCCUUAAAACAGUUUAUCUUUGAAUAUUGUGUGGCUCUUUCUAAACCGCCUUUAAUCCCCUUUGGACCAAAGAAAGUAUAAAGACAUGAAGCAGUGGAUUCGAUGACAACCGCUGGGCGUGUGGGGGAAUAUGUUAUGG